UCUUAUAUAUAUAUCUAUAACUGAUAGCUGGUUUCUCAGUGAUUGUUUGUAUUGAUUUCAGUCGCGUGUUUUGAUCAAACCAAGAGGUUAAAAUGCCGUUCAUGCCGGUGAAGUUCAACCUGCAAAAGCGGGUGAAGCUGGCACAGGGCCUGUGGAUGAUCUACUGGCUCUCGGUCAUCGUGGGGAUCCUCAUCUUCAGCCUUGGCAUCUUCUUCAAGAUCGAGCUGCGGAAGAGAAGUGAGAUGAUGGACAGCAACGAGAGCCACUUAGUGCCCAACCUGCUGAUCCUGGUGGGCUUGAUGGCCUGCGGGCUAAACGCCUUUGGAGGGAAGGUGUGCCACGACUCUCUGGACCCCAUGAAGUUCGCCAAGUGGAAGCCGAUGCUGCGCUCGUACCUGCUGCUGUGCUGCGGCUUCAACGGGCUGCUGCUGCUCACGGCGGUGCUCUGCUUCCUCAUGCAGUUCGCCGUGUACCUGACGCUCGCCGAGGGCCUGAAGAACAGCAUCAAGUUCUACAAGGACACAGACACGCCCGGGCGCUGUUUCAUGAAGAGGACGCUGGACAUGACGCAGAUCGAGUUUCGCUGCUGCGGAAACAACAACUUCAGGGACUGGUUCGAGGUGCAGUGGAUCAGCAACCGCUACCUAGACAUGAGCAACGACCUGGUCAAAGAUCGUGUCCUGAGUAACGUGGAGGGGAAGUACCUGAUGGACAGCGUCCCGUUCAGCUGCUGUAACCCAGGCUCACCGCGGCCCUGCAUCCAGCACCACCUGACCAAUAACUCCGCCCACUACGACUACGACCACCGCAUCGAGGAGCUCAACAUCUGGACCCGCGGCUGCCGCGAGGCGCUCUUCUCUUACUUCAGCAGCAUGAUGAACAGCAUCGGCAUGCUCAUCCUCGCCACCAUUAUCCUGGAGUCGGCAGACAUGGCGGGGUUAAAGUACCUGACCACAGCUCUGCAGACGAUGGAGGACCCGGAGAACCCCGAGUGUGAGAGCGACGGCUGGUUGCUGGAGAAAGGCGUGAAGGAGACGUUCGGCGAGCUGUUCUCCAAGAUGAAGAUACUUGGGAAGAAAAACCAGGUGGACGAGGGCGGGGAUGCUGAGGCCACCACCUGAGAGCCCCGCCCUCCACAAAGGACUGAGGUCUCCCCCCUCUCCCCCAUCCACCCGCCUCUUCACCAGAAAACAGGAGAGGUCUGUACAUACUAGGGCUGGGUACCGAACUUCCAUACUUUUUAGGCACUGACCGAAUUGCCUCCUUAGUAUCGAGUAUCGAAAAAUGCCUUGUCAUUCAAUACCAAAGUUUAAAAUCAUCAAUCAUCAGCGUCAGUGAGCCACUAAGCAUACAGCAUCCUUCUACCAAGAUCUAAUCAUGUUUGUGAUUGGCUGUUUAACGCAGUGGCGUCGGCACAAAUCUAUUUCAUAGUACGCAUUCAUAGUACAAUAAGAACCUUUUAUACAGGAGCUCAUAUUUGCAGGCAAGUCAUGCAAAAGAUAAAGCCAAAUACACCACACACAGAAACACACACACACACACACACACAUUCUCACACAAUGUUUAUACUUCCACACAAAUAAUGUAGUCAUAUCUGUAGUGACUUUCAACAAAACUUAAUAAUAAGCCUCUGAGUGUCGGCUAAACUUGUUCCAGGUGCGUUUUCUGAGCUUAAAAAUAAACCAAUGUCCUGUUGUACACUGUGUUACUUUGGAUAAAGCUAUCCAUUUGGAUGUGUGUGUUAGCGACGUCACUUCAGGUUUUCAGGGUUACGAUAGCGGUUAACUUCUGACCGCACACAUCGCUGACCGGUACCUUUCCGUCUGUAUAUUUAUGUCAUCUUCCGAACAACAGUAGUAUAUUGUUAUAUGCAGACGACACUCAGCUCCCGGUGUGUAAAAUCUAACUCGGGUAACAACAACAACAGAGAUACUUGAACAAAAAAUGUACACAGGGUGCGUACAGGAUUACAGCAGCCGGCGCCACUGGUCUAACGUCAGGGACAUGCAGGAAAAAGUCAGCUCAGUGUGUGUUGUUGUUUUGAAAGGCUAAACGAUGUCACAUCAGUGUAAAGGAGCUGGAAAAAAUAAAAAAAAAGAUUUAUUCCGUGAUGUAUAAUGUUCUUAUUUCUUUUUAUUAAAAUGGAUUUGAUGGGAUUGGUAUCAAAAAAGUAUUGUUCAGUAACAGGUAUUGAAGUCACGGUAUCGGUACCGGUAUUGAAAAUGUUUGAACGAUACCCAGCCCUAGUACAUACGUAAAAUACUACAACAUGAAUACUGCACACAGACACACACACACAAACACACACACACGUUCA